AUGGGGUGGGUAGAUUUUGAGGUGAUUGAUUUGCCUAUUAGUAUACUUACUGAAGAGAUCGUAAGGUGUACCAAGUUGUUUAAAGAUUUGCCUCUGAAGAUAGGAGAUUGUGUGUUUCCUUCUCAGUUGAUAGAAUUCAAUUUGGGAAACCUAGAUAUCAUUCUUGGGAUGAAUUGGUUAGGUUUCUACAAGGCCGAGAUAGCCUGUGAAACUCAUAAAGUAGUGUUGAGAAGCCCUUUGGGGAAGUUGACCUCAUAUAGACGUUUUAAGAAGCAUAAGAACUUUAGGGUUAUCUCUGUAAUGCAUGUGAGGAAGUCAAUGAAGAAGGGGUGUGAACUAUUUUUCUAUAGUGUGCAAGAUGUGAGUAGAGAUGUUGGAUUGAAGAUCGAGGGUGUUUCAAUUGUGAAUGAGUUUAUAGAUGUGUUUUCAAGUGAGAUUUCGGGUAUAUCGUCUAUAAGAGCUGUUGAGUUCACCAUAUACUUAGUUCCCGGAACUGCCCAUAUAUUAGGCACCUUUUAG